CGACCAAUCACUUUGCCCGUUACUCAUCGCCGCAAUUAAUGACAACCCGGUGUUUUGAUUGGAUAAGGUACUCCGCGAGCGCUCGAACCCGUCAAAUUCGAAGAAUCGCCAAGUCCAAGACAAGUCAUUAGUUUAUAUCAUCUUAUAUGAAGCAGGGACGGACAUUAGCGGCAACAUGAGUGAUUUCCCAGCCUCCAGUAACUUCUCAGACACUGAGGAGGAUGUAGUUGAAGAGGAGGAAGAUCUGCUAGCCUUCCAGGAGAGCAUCAAAAAGGACCUCUUCACAGAAUUCACGUCGGCCACGCCCAUGAAGAUUGCCAGGGUUAGCGUCGCUCACAAUAGGGAACCGAUGAAGGUUUAUUUGAGAGUGAGGCCUUUCACUAAUGCUGAGGUUGAAGGAGGCGAGUCCCAGGAAUGCAUGGACCAGGAAAACAACACCACUCUUCUGAUGAGGGCUCCCAAGAACAGUUUUGCCUUUAAGAGCAGCCAGCGCGGCUUUGGAGAGAUGAACCACAAGUUCACCUUCUCCAAGAUCUUCAAUGAAGAUACCAGUCAGAAGACGUUCUUUGAUGAGACCAUGCUUGCAACCGUCAAAGACUUCAUCGAUGGCCACAACUGCCUGCUCUUCACCUAUGGUGUAACCAAUGCUGGAAAGACAUAUACCAUCCAAGGUGUUCCACAAGAUGGUGGGAUUUUACCCCGCUCCUUGGACGUCAUCUUCAACAGCAUUGAAGAUCGCCAGUACCUAUCAAACAGAGUGAAGCCUCGCUACUUCUGCGAUGUAGUAAAACUCUCUGAAAGGCAGCAGAAGAAGGAAGAAGAUGUCAAAUCAAAAGUGCUUGCUUUGGGCAGUAUCCCUUCCACUGGAGCAGGAGAUCAGACAACAAUGUUAGAAGGUGAGAGCAUGACAGAUGAUAGCCUGAAUACGGACAUAUCACAUGCAUCCUAUUCAGCCACCAAUGAUGAUUCCCAGGACUCCUCAAAGCUCUCAGAGAGUAAGAUGUCCACUACCAGAGAUAUUGAGGCUAUGGGCAACCAGACCUUCUUAGACGAGGUCAACGCACGCAUUCCGGAUGAUACCAUGGUCAACGUGGAUGCUCAGGGCCCAAUUAAGUUCAGUGUCUGGGUGUCCUUCGCCGAGAUCUACAACGAGUACAUGUACGAUCUCCUUGAACCCCUACCGAAGGAGAAGAAGAUUAGGCGACAGGCGCUCAAGCUUGCCGAAGAUAAAAAUGGGAGCAUCUAUAUCAAAGGACUGAAGCAGAUUCAAGUCAACUCUGCAGAUGAGGCUUACAGGAUUCUGAAGAUAGGACAGAGAAACCUCAGCAUUGCAGCAACCAAACUUAAUCAUUGCUCCAGCAGAAGUCACUGCAUCUUCAGUAUAAAGGUCCUGAGAGUAGUGGAUGUUGAUGAUCCUCAUGUUGCCAGAGUUAGCCACCUAUCAUUCUGCGAUCUUGCCGGAUCGGAACGUUACACCCGUACACAGAAUACAGGAGAACGUCUCAAAGAGGCGGGAAACAUCAACACUUCUCUCUUGACUCUAGGAAAGUGCAUCCAUGCACUUCGCUACAACCAAAACCAUCCAAAGGCGCAUCCUAAGAUCAUCCCAUUCCGUGAGAGCAAAUUAACAAGACUAUUUCAGAGUUUCUUCCUUGGGAAGGGCAAGGCCUCCAUGGUAGUCAAUGUUAAUCAAUGUGCAUCAGGCUUUGAUGAAACCAUGCAUGUUCUUAAAUUCUCGGCUAUCGCCAAACAGGUUACUACUGUCACCUCCAAGUUGGACAACAGAUGGAAGGAGCCUCCUCCAAAGAAAUCCAAGCGAUCUGUACGGAACGUCUCUCUUGCUCUCAACCAGGCCCUCGACUGCAAUGUUAAAGGUCAAAGGCCAUCGAUACCUUGGGCGACCCCUGGCACCAUCGCCCAGGUCAUGAAGGAGACGGGUCAUGUCACCUCUGUUGAGGAUACAGUCUUUGAAGUGGAUGAGGAGGAGGAGGAGGAAGAAGAAGAGGAAACUAUGGAAUCAGAGGUGGAGGAUACUCCUGUCGCUAAGAAGGAUCAGAAUGCUAUCAAGAUCCAGAAAGAGCUUCUUGCUGUGAUUGAGGUACUGAAGCAGAAGCUGGUUGAUGAGAAAGCAGAGAAGUUCUACUUGGAAACCAAGAUCAGGGAGGAAGUUUGCCAGGAAAUGGCUGAACAACUGGUAGAGAUCGAACAAGACUACAAUGAACGUCUCGAGGAAGAUAAGCAACGAGCCGAGGAGGUGUAUGAGAAACGUCUAGAGCUCUACGCCAGGUCCGUCAAGAAACCACAUAAGAGGGGGCAGAACGACAAUGAUGGGGCUGAUAUCCAGGUUUCCAGCUCCCUUCUUGCCGCUGAGCAAAACAGAGUCAAGGAUCGUGAUGCACAGAUAGAGUCAUUGAGGGCAGAACUAGAAUCAACUGAACAAUCUCUCAAAGAAUUCGAAGAUCGGAUGCACAAUGAAGUUACUGAACUGAAGAAAACGAUUGCAGAUCAAAAGACAUGCAUAGAAGAAAAUGAGGCCAAGUCUGCUGAGCAAGAGAAGACAUUCAUGGAAACUAAAGAAGCUCUUCAGAUUAAGAUCGAUGAAUUAACGAGAACCAUCGCAGAGCAGAAGCAUAGAUUGGUAGAACAAGAAAGAGAGAUUACCUCCCAUGAAGAAAUGAAGGGGGGUAAAGAUGUCCUUCAACAACAGAUUGCAGAGCUGAACGAGACUGUUGCCAAUCAAAGGAGAGAUCUUGAAGAAAAAGAAGAUUUGUUGAGUCGUCAAGAGAGCCGUCAUUCAGAAACAAUGGCAAAAAUGGACAACAGAAUUGAAGAACUGGACCACAUUGUUCAAGAGCAGAAGACGACAUAUUCACAGGCGAUAAAACGGAUAGACACGCACAAAGAGGAAGAAGCUGAAGUCAAAAAGACUUUACAAAACCAGAUUUCUGAGCUUGAGGGAAUAGUUGACGAGCAGAAGAAAUGUCUUGCAGAGAACGAAGAAAAAUUCAGUGCACAGGAGAAAGAUCAUACCCUCCGCAAAGAAACCAUGCAACAACAGAUUGCUGACCUAAACCAAGUGAUUCAAGAUCAGAAAAAUGAGCUUGCCGAAAGGGAGACACAAAUAAGUGCACAUGAGAAGGAUGAAAUGGAUGACAAAAAUGAACUUCAAAGAGAGAUUUCCGAGCUUAAGAAAGCAGUUGCUGAUCAACUGAAAUGCAUAGAUGAGGAAAAAGCUAAAUCUGGCACUCUUGAGAAAGAGAUGGUUGAGAGUAAUAAGGCACUGCAAACACAGAUAACUGAGCUUGAGGGAAUAGUUGAAGAGCAGAAGAAAUGUGUUGCAGAAAACGAAACGAGAUUCAGUGCACAGGAGAAAGAACAUACCCUCUGCAAAGAAACCUUGCAAACACAGAUUGAUGGCUUGAACAAGAAGCUGGAAGAACAGAAACUAAUGCUGUCACAGAAAGAGACAGAGGUAAGCGCACACGAGAAGGAACAAGCAGAGGACAGGGAGGCUCUACAAGAAAAGAUUGAUGAGCUUAAGACUGUUGUUGAUGUUCAGAAGGAUCAACUGUGUAAGAAAACUGACAUGAUAGACACAUUGGAGAAAGAGCUGGAAGCCAGGAAGAUUGUCCUCGCUGAAAAGGUUGGAGAAUUGACAAGUAUCAUAGAAAAACAGCAGUCUGAAAUAAAGAAGCAAGCAGAAUGCCUUGAUGUGAAGAAGAAAGAAAUGGAAGAGCUCACUCUACAGCAACACAAGGAUCUUGAGGAGCAUGAGACUCUAGUGCAUGAUCUAGAGGAGCGAAUGGAACUCCUCGGAGGAGCAGAGAAACAGCUCGCAGAUUCCAAGAAGGAGAUAGCUGAGCAAGAAAGUCAGAUAGCUGAUCUCUACAAGCAGCUGGAGGAGAGAGAAGCUAAGGUGAAGGAGACGGGAGAGACCAUGACAGCUCAGCUUUGUGCAGAAAUCAAGAUGCAUGAGGAAGCCCAGAAGGAAAUGCGUAACACCAUCCUCAAGAACACACAAAAUGAAACAGAAUCCAAGAAAGUUAUUGAGGACCAAGAGGCAUCUAUUGAAGAACUGAAGGGUGUCAUUGAGACCAAGGAGAAGCAAAUUGAAAAACUCAAAGAAUCCCUCAGUUCUAAAGAUGAAGAAAUCAAAGAAAUGGGUAUGAAACUUGAAGAAUCUUCCCAAAAAUCAUCCUCUGUUGAGGAGUCGCAGACACAGACAGAUCAGACGGAAUCUUCUUACUUCACCUCGUCCUCCGAGAAAAGCGAAGAUGAGCAAUCUCGCAAGAAGCUUACCGGGAUGCCGUCUACUACCUCCCUGGCCUCCACCAUCUCAACCACCAGCACUGAAGACGAUGAUAGUAUCAUCAUCAUCGAGCCUGAGGAUCAAGCGGGAUACAAGGCUGGUCGCCUGUCUAGAGUUGAGAUAGAUGCUACCCCCCUUCAGAAGAAGCCGUCUCGUAAGGGACGUGCUGCUAAGGUCACCAAGACAUCCCUAAGGUCAUCAAGAAAGAGAGGAGGAGGUGGAGACGAUGACCAGGACGUUGAGUGCUCCAAAAAGCUCAAAGGAGAUGAUGGUGUUGGUGUCAAACCAAAAGGUCGGCUGCGUCGUGCCACAAGGGCAUCAAGCAAGACUAGUCUCCAUGAGGAGAUUGAGAACCAACCAGAGGAUGGUAAGUCCCCUUCGACAUCAUCCCACUCGGAUAGCAGUCAAAGGAGAGGCCCAUUGGCUAGGAUCAAUGAAUACUUACAGAACUCUCCUAUUGGAAAGUCUGUUUAUGAUACUGUAGAAUCAUCAGCAUGCUUUGUAAAUUUAACUCCAUCUGUUGUCCGUCCAGCCAAACGACUGGUUGACACUGCUACAGGUGCUGGAUCACCGUCCACAGAGGUGGAGAAGCCCCCUUCCCCGUCCCCUCCCAAGGCCGUUGAGAUGGAUACAUUUGUCCCAUCCCUGGCUCCAGAGAGGCAGAAGAGAAAGAGGAAGCUCUACAAAACUGAUAUUUCUGCUCCAUUCGAAGCUUCCCCUCAUGAGAUGAUCAGCCGACAAUAUGUUGGCGAGGCCAAACCAUCAGAGGGCUCUACAGUUACCGUUAUCACACGAAAACUUCGCUCUCGAACCAAGAAAUACUAAACCAUUUAGUACUAUUCUUGUAUCAUGUGCCUUAAUAAUAAGGAAGCGAAAAUCUUAUCAGAGUGUGGAUUCAACGGUAUUAACAUUGUCUGUACAUUAAGACUACCGUGUACAAGGUUAUAAUGUCUGAUAUGAAUGCAUUAAGUGUGAAGCUCAUCGAUUGAACACCGAUUUCUGUUGUGUUUCUUUUCAUGUCCAUUUAUAUGUCCAACCUUUUGGAAUAUCUGCCGUAUUUCAAAGUACUUUUGCCUGUACACAGUAGUGACUAGUGAGGUCAACUGGAAUUUGGGAAGUGGCUUCAUCUGAGAUGGAUUUACACCAGCAGGUCCAUAGCAUGAUAGAAACAAGGCAUACAGAGCUGUAUAUUACAUGAUGAAUGUGUCAUUUUGUAAUUUGAAUAUUCAUGUUUAAAUUCAACAUCCAUUUUUAGGGCGUAUGUUUCAAUGUCAGGUUCUUAUCUCUGGUGUCUUUUUUUCCCCAUCUUUUCUAUGUUAAUUCACUUUUUUGUUGGCAUUGAAUAGUAUAUAUUGACAGAUUUGUGAGACUAUAAAUUGCAAUGGAUUGUCCCAGAAUACUCGUAUUGUUCGGUCAGUGGAAAUCUAAGCAAAGUCUGAAAAGAAGAAUUUUCAGAAAAUGCAGUCAAUAAGUGUUUUUUUACUGUGGAAUAAAUGAAUAAAAAAGGUAAACUCACAGAAACUUAAUGUAAAUAUGUUAUAUAUAUAUGAGUAGUUUGUAUUUAACCGAACUGAAAAAAAAACAAAUAUAAUAGAAAUGAGAUAUUUGGCGAAUACAUUGUUUUACAUGUGCCCCCUUCAUUCCUUCCAAACUUCUAAUAUUUUUUCAAAAACCUAAUAACUGAUCAAAAUUAUAUAGACAGGACUUUUCAGGUCUUGAGAACAUAGACAAUUUCUUUGUCAAGUUUGUGAAUAGUGAAUAUUGCAGCAUUUUUACAAUUGUUGUAAAGAUCUGAAUUCUCUUAUGUCUUUCUACACCUUUAAGAUAUUUUUAAAGGACAAGUCCACCCCAACAAAAAGUUGAUUCAAAUAAAAUGAGAAAAAUCCAACCAGCAGAACACUGAAAAUUUC